AUGUCGUCCUCAAUACUCGUCUCUUCUCUGAAGAGAUUCUCCACCUGCGAGAUCUCUGACGCGCUCAUCAAGCUGGGCCUCCCGCAUGGCGGUCUCAUCCCCGACAUCCACAUGCUCUCCCCGCACGCUGGCCCGUUGGACGUGCGCAUCUGCGGACCUGCAUACACCGUGCAGAUGGUGCUCGCGUCAGACAAGACGAGCCCGAAGCCCGCUGCACACUUUGUCGACACGGCGCCGCACGGCUCCGUGAUCGUCAUCGACGCCCCGCCUCAUGUGAAGAAUGCCGUAUGGGGCGGACUCAUGACUGCCGGCGCAAAGGCCCGCGGUGCAAUCGGCGUCGUCAUCUCUGGACGGUGCAGGGACCUCGCGGAGCACCGUAGCUCCGCCUUUCCCGUUUUCGCCAGAGCACAUUCCACGCUCGGGCAGUCGCCCUUCACUCGCCCGUCUGCGGUCAACGUGCCUCUCACGAUAGCGCCGGACUUUGGAGGAGCCAAUGUCCAGGAUCCUCUCCCUGCAGUGCGUGUCGAACCAGGAGACUACGUGGUCGCGGAUGAGGAUGGUGUGGUGUCCGUUCCGCGUAACAUGGCCGAGAGGGUUGUGCAGUUGGCCGAGAAGGGCAGGGAGGUGGACAGCAGGUGCAUGGAGGACAUUGUUGCCGGUUCAGGUGUCCAGGAAGCAUUCAAGAGGCACAGGGGAAAGCUGUGA